UUUCCCUAAAAUAAGCCUCGUUUUAAUUGCUUAAUAAUUCAAAAUUUUAAAUGUUCAUUUUUACAUUUCUGCGCGGCAAAAUAUUACGGAAUACGUAAUAUUCUCGUUACGAUUUUCUGGAGCUUCAUUUCCAUCGUUACGAUUUUCUGGAGCUUCAUUUCGAGCAUCGUGGCAACCAUAUUUGUGGAUAGUGACAACCCUGCUCAUCACACAUUUGUUGAAAUAAGGACCAACACAAAAAAUGGACCUGUUGUGUCGCAUUUGUGGCUCCCACUCCGUGACUCUUCUGGGGAUUUUUGAUCAGCGAGAGCCGAGUCGGUUCAAUGGAGAGUUAGAACCCAACUUGGCAGAAAUGGUAAAGGUGUGCGCCAAUGUGCAAUUAGAUCCUGGAGAUUCCCUGCCGCAGAAUAUUUGCAUGACCUGUGUCCUGGACGCCCAGACCUCGUACAGGUUCAAACGCAGAUGCGAACAGAACCAUGAGAACUUCUAUUUGGCAAUUGCCGAGCAACAAAAAAUUAAAGACGAAGCAGAUGCAGCAGCGCAUUUCAUUGUUAAAAACCUGGAGUUAGACAACCUUCCAAUGGAAUUGCAUCUGGAAGAGCCGGAAGUUGUUAUUAGUGAGGAAAUAUUUAUUAAGGACGAAGUACCUAAAAGAGUUUAUAAAACUAGAAAAACUUGUGGCAAAAACAAAGUUGCGAAAGCAACAAAACUCAAUCCAAAAAACACCAAACAUGACAUAACCAAAUUGUUUAAAUGCGAACUCUGCUAUAAUGUCUUUCGACGCCAAAGAAAUCUAAUAGAUCACAUGAAAAUUCACACCAACUCGCACUGCUGCCAAACUUGCGGAGAACGAUUUUUAUUCAAAACCGACUUGGAUCAGCAUCAGUGCUUCAAAACCAAUAACUCCGCCGUCGAGUGCCCUGUUUGCUUGAAGGUUUUUCCCACCAGCCGAGGAUUAGACUUGCAUAAGUGUCAGUCUCUGGAAGAGGGACCUUUGAAGUGCCCCCACUGCCCGCAAACAUUCACCGAUGGGCACUUUCUUAAGGCGCAUCUGUUAAUUCACCCGGAGGAGGAGCCCAGUCCUCUGAUUCCUCGGGGUCGCCACCAGUGCAGCAUCUGCAGCGCAGUAUUCACCAACAAGUCUGCUCUUGACGUCCAUAUUAACGCCCACAAGGGCGAACGACCGCAUGGAUGCUCCAUUUGUUCCGCCAGUUUCCGCUCCAGGCCUGCUCUCACAGUUCAUAUUCGGACUCACACAGGCGAAAAGCCCUACCAGUGUCCCCACUGCCCGAAAGCAUUCUCAGACAAUAAUAAUCUAAUCAAGCAUCGACGUCGCCACACGGACAUACGACCCUACCAGUGCCUUCUAUGCCAGCUGAGCUUCCGAGAGAAGCACCACCUGAAGCGCCAUGUCCUGGGCAAACAUCGUGGAAGUGAGGCGCAAGGUUUUGAAUGCCCGUAAGGAUAUAUCACUGUGGACGGAAGUCCACGAGGUGACGACCUGCAUGGGCGAGGAAACUCUAUAUAUUUUUUAUAUUUAAGAAAUUAUUGAUUAUUUUAACACUUUUUGUGUACUUAUAUAUGAAAGAAAUAUUUUUAAAAGAAACUAAUAAAUAAGUAAUAACUAAAUAAAUAGUAAGGAAAUAAAUAAUAAUAUUACAACUACUAAUAAAUAUUAAAC